CUCAACUAACCCAAUUACGACGAUUCUUGUCCGAUAGACUCUCACGCCAACACCCAAUUAUGGUUUUGGACAUUAAAGGUCUCAGUCAAGUAAAAACAGUCAUUUCUUCGAAACUCCACUUGAUGUUUAACCUCAACUAACCAAUUUUAAUCCAUUACUCAAUCUCUUUUAUCAACUCUCUCUUACAACACAUCCACCUUACCUUACCUACCCCUCUCCUUGAAACAGAGCACAGAAAUGGAUUCUGCAUCGUCCAAGACCAAAGCUAUAGACCCUCCGCUUCACAUGUUUGGUUUCGAGUUCGAUGUAUUGUCUCCGACACGUAUCACUGGUCGUCUUCCCGUUUCUCCAAACUGUUGCCAGGCUUUCAAGGUGUUACACGGUGGUGUAUCUGCUUUGAUCGCUGAGUCUUUAGCAAGUAUGGGAGCUCACAUGGCUUCUGGUUUCAAAAGGGUAGCUGGGAUUCAACUCUCAAUCAACCAUUUAAAGAGUGCUGAUCUUGGAGACCUUGUCUACGCUGAAGCAUCUCCUGUUAGCACAGGGAAGACUAUUCAGGUUUGGGAAGUUAAGCUUUGGAAAACAACACAGAAAGAUAAAGUUAACAAAAUCUUGAUAUCUUCCUCUAGAGUCACACUUAUCUGUAAUCUCCCUAUCCCUGAUAACGCCAAAAAUGCUGCUGACAUGCUUAGAAUGGUUGCAAAGUUGUAGAUUCUUUUUUUUCUGGUCUCUAUGUGAUUGUGUAAUACUUGUAUGUAUCAUCCAUCUUCUGAAAAAUUGAUAAAUAAGCUUAAAGUGGUAAAGAGAGUGAUACCAAAAAUGUACAUUGGAUUUGUGAAUGCUGCCUUGUUUUUGUACUAGAAAA